UGUAUGUAAAGGGGGCUGGACUGACAGACUAGAAUUGAAAUGCGCGCAUAGAAAUCGCAAGGGUGGGUCUAACUCUUGUAUUCCAGAAAGUAUUUCAAACGCAGAAUUUUUUCUUUGGAAUUGUUGAACUCUUAGGGUCGUUCAUAUCGAACGCGUCCUUGCGCAACAAAAAUCUAGAAGCGGGAAACGAAAACAACAGAACGCGGGGGUCUCGAGACGCGUUGAAGUUCUUUUAACUUAACCUGGCGUCUAGAAAACGCUGAAAGACAUCGCAUUUGUCACCCCAAAGGUUAAUUACAAACUUAGCUUACUUUAAGAAGAAGAAAAAAAGGAUGUCUUUGACGGUGUCAACGGACCUGUCAGUGACCACUGCUCCAGCCCGGGUAGAGAUAAAACUAGAAGACAAACAGAAAGCUCUGCGGCAGAGCUUUGAGAAAGGGGAUCCCAAAGUAUUCGGGGUCUCUCAGGUAGUACUAGGAUUACUGAUCAUAUCUUACUCACUACCUCUGCUCUCAGCUGAGACCACAAUGAUCAUCAACUUUGGUGUGCCAUGGUGGAGUGGCCUCAUGUUUGUCAUUUCAGGUGCAGUUGCAAUAGUGUUGGAAAAAAAGCCCAGUACAAAAACACUCUGUUUUUGCUUGGCAGUCUCUUUUGUGGCCAUAAUCAUCUCAGUUAUUGCACUUGUCGUGUACUACAUCGACAUUGCAGACCAAAUGACAAUCACAUGCGAUGAUGAAACCAACCAAUUGUGUAUGCGCCAGUAUUACGCCAGACAUUUCUGCAAAGGAGUGAAGAUAAUCAUCUCAAUGAUCAUUUUGGUCCAGACAGGAAUGUCUUGUGCUUUCACAUUUCUGUUGUAUGACCACAGGAAGAACUUUACAGAUUACUUGGCGGUGAAUGAAUGAUAUCCUGCUAAAUCUCCAAGUAUAACAUCAGAGAUAUUUCAUUUAAGAUUGCUUGCAAGCUGUUCACUUAGUUAGCACUGUUUUGCCUGUAUAUGCUUAAAUGUGUUUUAAGGUCCAAUUUUACACGUUAAAGGAAUAUUUUAGGUUCAAUGCAUAUAAAUGGACAGCAUUUGUGGCAUGAAGUUGAUUACCACAAACAUUUAUUUCAACUCAUCACUCCUAUUCUAAAAAAAAAAAAAGGAAGAAAGAGAGGGUUACUGUGAGGCAAUGGAAGUAAAUGGGGCCAAUCCGUAAACGUUAAAAUACUCACUGUUUUAAAAGUCAUAUACAAUUGAUUGUGUUAACAUGAUUUUGGUGUUAUAAAAUCGCUUAUUCCUAUCCAAUUUUACAACUUUGUUUCCGUGAUGGCGUAUAGCUGUAAACCCUGUUAUCACCCAAAAACUACGGUUGAAACAAAUUUACAGCUCAAAUAAUACAUGAAUUUUAACAGAAUACAUAAUGUAAAUGCUUUCAUAAAAUUUUAAGCAUCAUAUAUCUGAUUUUAAAUCCUCCAAAAAUUGGCCCCAUUCACUGCCAUUGUAAGUGCCUCCCUGAAACUCAGAGUUUUGCCUUUUUUCUUUAUUAAAAAAAAUAAUAAUAAUUAUAAAAGGAGGGACGAGACAAAAUAAUUUUUUGUAGUAAUCAACAUUAUGCCACAAAUGCUGUGGAUUGAGUUUAACUUGAAUUGAACCCGGAAUAUUCGUUUAAGACCUGUUUUACUUCUGUCUUAAAUAGUUAAUAUAACUGUCAUUUAAGAGAUUGUGCAUGCCUCAUAACAUGUAUAUUCAUUCAUUUAAAUUUGCUUUUUUAUUUUGAAUACUUUAUUAUCCUUAUGCUUUGCACAAAUAUCAGAUUUGUGUUUGCUUAUCCUGUAAACUGCCGACAUUUGUAGGCCUAUGUCUCAGUACUAUUAAAAGAUAAAUAAAUCAAAAACACCAAAUGGUUGACGUCCAAAUUAAACCUGUAGUCAUGAUGCAUGAGUUCUUGAACUAAUUGAACUUAACAGUGAGGCUCCCGAGACAGUAAAAUUUCGUGAACCCAAGAUCGAUUAGUUUUUUUUUGCCAUAGUCAGGUGCUUUCUAAUCUAUACGCUAUCUGCAACGCUUUUCAUGCGGAGGUCAAAGCAAUGACGUUUGAGGCAUUUGAAAGUGCCAUAACAGAAUUGCUGAAAGAUAAAGUUUGGUAAGUGGUCGCUAGUCAGCUGGAAAAUGACCAACUUGCACUAUGGCGAAGGCAUAUUGCAUUUAUCAAAUCAUGGGGAUAUACACCAUUAUGCAUGAUAUGUCAUUUUGUACCUGAAUAAAUUUGCUUUGGCACAACAAUCAGUAAACCUCAAAUGUAAAAAUCUUUGGUAAACAAAAAACACUUGUUUUUAACCUCCAGUCCUUUACCAUGUGCUUCUCUUCACAUCCAGAUAGAAAUGAUGGAUACUUCCUGCUUACAAGGUCAUAA